UUUGGUUGGAAAUGUGAUUUUGUUUUCAUGUUGAUUUUAUCUUAAUUGUUUAUUAGGUUUUGUUUUCACAGUUUGUUUCUCUUUCUUGUAAUUAAUUAAUCAUGACUAAUGAGGAAAGUGGUACUGAGGAUGUUGAGAAAUGUCUGGUCGGGGAUAACAUUUUGUCCCAAUCGAAAUUUGUUGAUUUCAGUGAUCAAAUAUCUGAUAAAACGUUGAAAGCUCUUGAAGAGAUGAAAUUUAAACGAAUGACUCAAAUUCAAGCUGAAUCAAUUCCUCAUUUAUUGGAUGGAAAAGACCUUGUUGGAUCGGCUAAAACUGGUUCUGGUAAAACUUUAGCCUUUCUUAUUCCAGCUAUCGAGUUGAUGAGUAAACUUAAAUUUAUGCCUAGAAAUGGGACUGGUGUUAUCAUCAUCUCUCCUACUCGAGAACUUUCAAUGCAAACAUUUGGUGUUCUCAAGGAUUUAAUCAAACACCAUUCACAUACCUUUGGUUUAAUCAUGGGAGGAACAAAUAGACGAUCAGAAGCAGACAAAUUGAUUAAAGGGGUUAAUAUACUGGUCGCUACUCCUGGUAGACUUUUGGAUCAUCUACAAAAUACUAAAAACUUUUUAUUUAAGAAUCUACAAUGUUUGGUUAUUGAUGAAGCUGAUCGGAUACUUGACAUUGGUUUUGAAGAAGAGAUGAAACAAAUCAUUCGAAUUCUACCCAAAAGGAGACAGACUAUGCUAUUUAGUGCAACUUUAACUCAAAAGACGGAAAAUCUUAUCUCUUUAGCGUUAAAAGGAGAACCAAUGUACGUUGGUAUUUCGGACACCAAAGAAACUGCAACGGUUGAAGGUUUAGAGCAAGGAUAUGUAAUUGCUCCGAGUGAUAAACGAUUCUUGCUUUUGUUUACAUUUUUGAAGAAAAAUCGAAAUAAGAAAAUUAUGGUUUUCUUUUCUUCGUGUAUGUCCGUUAAAUUUCAUCAUGAACUUCUUAAUUACAUUGAUCUUCCUGUCAUGUGUAUUCAUGGUAAACAAAAGCAAACCAAACGAACAACAACUUUCUUCCAAUUUUGUAACGCUGAAUCGGGUAUCCUUUUGUGUACCGAUGUCGCAGCCAGAGGAUUAGACAUUCCCAAAAUUGAUUGGAUUGUUCAAUAUGAUCCUCCCGAUGAUCCAAAGGAAUAUAUUCACAGAGUCGGACGAACAGCUCGAGGGGACAAAGCCAUUGGUCAUGCAUUAUUAUUACUCAGGCCUGAAGAACUUGGUUUUCUUCAAUAUCUGAAAGAAUCUAAAAUUCCUUUGAUGGAAUUUGAAUUCUCAUGGAACAAAGUAGCCAAUAUUCAAGAACAGCUCGAAAAAUUGAUUGGUAAAAAUUACUUCUUAAAUCUUUCGGCCAAAGAAGCAUAUAAAUGUUAUAUUCGAUCAUACGAUUCACAUCAUCUGAAAAGUAUUUUCGAUGUUACAACUUUGGACUUGGUUGCUGUCGCUAAAUCAUUUGGUUUCCAUGUUCCCCCGUUCGUUGAUCUUCCGAUUCACAAUAAAAAGCCUGUUGAUAGAACGUUAAAACGUAAAAGAGAUUCUAGUUUUAAAUCGGUUACCCCUGGAGGUGAAAAGAAAUUUGCCAAAUCAAAUAUCUAUAAGAAACCAUUUAAAACGGGUGGUGGCGAUCGAAGACAAUUUUCCAAAUGAUUAGCUGGCAAUCAAUCAAAUUAAAAGGAAUCAAUUUUGAAAUCGAAUAUAAUUUAUGUUGAAAAGUUUAAAUUAACGAUCAUUUUCACUUAUACUUUUUUCCUUCUUAAUAAACUAACUCUUGUAUCUUUCA